AUGGCCAACGUCUUUAUUUUCGGCAGAAGGAAACGUUUCAAACUGGGCGAGGAUACGACUGGACUCUAUGAAGACCUGCAUUGCUGGAUCAACGAUGAAGACAAUACAGUACGUCCGUUUGGUGAUUUUACGUCGGUUCACCGCUAUUGGAUUUGCAUGAGGACGAACAUGGGAGGAGGCAAGCUGCCGGCACUGGAACUUGCAGUUCUUUCAAUGGCGAUCAACACGGCAACAUGCGAGCGCUACCUUAGGGAAUUGGCGCUCAUUCAUACUACUAAAAGAAACCGAGUGCAGCCUGAGAAGUUGAGAAAGCUGGCGCUGCGGAAGCGCUUAACAGACCCUACCGAGCGCACGCGGCUUCAAGAUCGCGACGAUCGAUUUUCUCACCACAAGACGACGGACAAUGAUUCGGACAGUGAAAGUGUCCCUAAUCCUGAUCGGGCGUUGGAGUACUGGAGCGAGGUACUGUGCGAACUGGAAUGCGACGAUGAUCCCCCAGUGACACCUGACGAUAAUUCUGGCCACGGUAAUGCAACCUAA